UUGUUGUGGGGUUGGGCUCCGUUUGGUUGAUGGGAAAAUGAAGUAAAAACCAAAAAAAAAAACAAACAAACAAACAAAAAAGGAGAUUUUGAGGUGAGUUUUUUUUUCCCCCUGAAUAGGAAUUCUAUUUUGUUGUUGUUUUUGCUUGUUUUAGGCGCUUUUGUGAUUUAUUGUGGAAUUGCGCGUUGUCUGGAUGCUGGGAAAAUGGGGGAAAAGGUGUGGAAAUUGAAGAUGAGAUUUGGACGUUAUCUUGAUGCUUUUGCUUUUGGGGAAAUAAAAUGGGGAAGUUUACACAAUUAAGGCAAGUACUGGGUGAUUUAUUGUGGCAUUGGGCUCCGUUUGGUUGCUGCGAGACUUUGGAAAAAGAUGUGGGACAAAAGGAUGAGGCCUUGACUGGUUUAGAGGAAGGGAAAAUUGGAGAAAUUUACACAAGGGUUCCUGUGGAUCCCCUCGAGUGGCAGAUAUCUCAGGACACUGCUAAUAACAUUGUAGCAUGCAUGGCUAACACGAUAGGGGCGGCUGAGUCUGUUUUGAGAGUUGCAGCAACUGGGCAUGAUAAGAGGCUCUUUGUUAAGGUGGUUGUCUGUCUUUAUGUGCUAUCAGCUUUAGGACGGGUGGUCUCAGGUGUUACAGUUGCUUAUGCCGGAUUGUGGUUGUUCUGUCUAUACAUGUUUGCCGAGAACUCACAGACAAUCUGUGCAUGUAUGUCUCGGUUCAUGAGGAGAAGAGAUAACAUAUAGGUUUCAUCAUCCCCUGCAUGUAUCAAGUAUUUUGCUCUCUGGCUCAAGAUUACCAGCAGCUACUUAUUGUUCCCUUGUAAAUACAACUGUCCUGUCUUUUUUCUUUUCUUUUCUUUUCUUUGUUUUUUUUUUUUUGUCUGAGAAAUGAACUGUUAUUUUUUCCCAGUGUAGAACAAAUCCAUUGGAGGAAUAGAGAAAUGAAUAGCAAGUUUUGCUUAUGUUGUCCUAA